AUGAGCGGUGUGGUCACCAAGUCGUCGCCCGUGGUGGUCGCCCCGUCGGCGCCGGGGAUGCCGACCGGCGACGUUCAGCUCUCGAGGUUCGACAAGGUUGCUGGGUGCGCGCCAGUCUCGUCGAUCCUGGUGUUCGACAAGCCAAUCGACGAUCCUGCGGACACCAUCAUGAGAGCGCUCUCCCGAGCACUAGUCCACUACCCUCCCAUCUCUGGUCGCCUCGCCGCUGGAGCUGAGGGCGGCGAGGUCAUCGCAUGCACCGGAGAGGGCCAGGGCGUGCUGUUCGUGAGUGCGUCGGCAAGCUGCGCCGUUGACGGCGUGCUGCCCCCGGCGCUACUGAAGGACCUCUUCGUCCAAUACCCCCAGGAGUUGUGCUGCCGCCACGCCGACCCGUUGCUGCUGAUGCAGGUGACGGAGUUCUCGUGCGGCGGGUUCGCCGUCGGCGUUUCAUGGAACCACGCCUUGGCCGACGGGGCGGGGAUGGGGCAGUUCCUGCAGGCCGUCGCAGAGCUCGCCCGUGGCAUGUCAGCACCGUCCAUUGCUCCAGUCAGGUCGGAUGGCUUAGUCCUGGCAGCCCACCCUCGAGGAAUGGCUGCCGCGGACUUCGCCUCGGCGGAACUGACAAGGGAUCUGGCCUACGUAGACUUAACUAUCCCCGAAAGCUUCAUCAGUCGCGUCAAGGCGGAGGUGAGCGCCGGCCUCGGCGAGCCAUGCACGGUGUUCGAGGCCGUCGUCGCUGUACUUUGGCGGUGCCGCGCCCGGGCGGUUAUCUCCGACGUCGACCCUGAGCGCCCCGCGUCGCUCGUUUUCGGAUGCAACGUGCGCGGCCCCGUUGGCGCUCCCGGGGGCUACUACGGGAACUGCCUCGUCGCGGAGUCAGUCGUAGCGGCGGUGGCGAACGGCGACAUCAAGGACAUCGUGAAGCUCAUCAAGAUCGCCAAGCAGAAGAUACAUGACAAUAUCAGGAGCGGCGACGUGGUCGACCCAGUAGUGCGGCAGCCGCUUGGAUACAGCACGCUCCUCGUGUCAAGCUGGCGGAACCUUGGGCUCGAAGCGCCAGAUUUUGGCGGUGGAACGCCUGCCCGGGUAGUUUGGUAUGUGCCGCAGGUGUUCAUGCCUGUCUUGAUCAUCUGUCCGCCGUGCAAAGGGCAUAACGGGGUCAACGUUUCGGGAUACAUUGUGAAGAAGGGGCAUGUCGAUGCUUUCCUGCACGAGUUGGCGACCAUGUCACUGAAUCCUGGUUGUGGACAUGGCCAGUAA